GAGAGAGAGAGAGAGAGAGAGAGAGAGAGAGAUGGGGAGCAAUACACUGGUGGGAUUUCAGGACCAUCUGAAAUUAGCGAGGGAAUAUGCUCUUGAAGGCCUGUAUGAUACUUCGGUAAUCUUCUUUGAUGGCGUUAUUGCUCAGAUCAACAAGCAUCUUAGUUCAGUAGAUGACCCUUUAAUGCGUGCAAAAUGGAUGAAUGUGAAAAAAUCCCUUACUGAGGAAAUAGAAGUUGUGAAGCAGUUAGAUACAGAGAGAAAAGCUUUUAAGGAAAUACCCAUGGGUCGACGUGCAGCUUCUCCUCCAAUUCAUGCUAAGUCAUCAUUUGUUUUUCAACCGUUGGACGAGUAUCCAACUUCUUCAGCUCCUUCCAUGGACGAUCCUGAUGUCUGGAGGCCGCCAAGUAGGGACUCUGCAAGUAGAAGGCCUGCAAGGGCUGGUCAAGUCGGUACGAGGAAGUCACCACAGGAUGGGGCUUGGGCUCGUGGUUCCACCAGACCAAAUACUACUACUCGUGGUGCAAAGUCUGGUGGUCCAAGUCGUGUUAACUCUGGUGCCCGUGCGGCGACUACUGGAAAGAAAGGCUCUAGUACUACUGGUAAAUCUAGCAAGACGGAUUCUGCAAAUGGUGACGAUGAGGGAAAUUCUAAGAAGGGACAGUAUGAGGGACCUGAUCCUGAUCUAGCUGCUAUGCUCGAAAGAGAUGUGUUGGAAACUAGUCCAGGAGUGAGAUGGGAUGAUGUUGCUGGCCUCAGUGAAGCAAAAAGACUUCUGGAGGAAGCUGUUGUUCUUCCCCUGUGGAUGCCAGAAUAUUUUCAGGGAAUAAGGAGACCAUGGAAAGGAGUCCUAAUGUUUGGCCCUCCUGGGACUGGGAAGACAUUACUUGCGAAAGCUGUGGCAACCGAGUGUGGCACAACCUUUUUUAAUGUUUCUUCUGCCACCUUGGCUUCAAAAUGGCGUGGGGAGAGUGAGCGCAUGGUCCGGUGCCUGUUUGAACUUGCAAGAUCUCAUGCACCAAGUACUAUCUUCAUUGACGAAAUUGACUCCCUAUGUAAUGCUCGUGGGGCUUCUGGUGAGCACGAAUCAUCCAGAAGAGUGAAGUCAGAACUUUUAGUUCAGGUAGAUGGUGUAAACAAUAGUUCCUCCAGUGAAGACCGUAAGAUAGUGAUGGUUUUGGCUGCAACAAACUUCCCGUGGGACAUUGAUGAGGCACUUAGGAGGAGGCUUGAAAAGCGUAUUUAUAUUCCUCUUCCUAAUUUUGAGAGCAGAAAGGAGCUUAUCAGGAUAAAUCUAAAAACUGUUGAGGUGGCUCCUGAUGUGGAUAUCGAUGAUGUUGCUCGCCGGACAGAAGGAUAUAGUGGGGAUGAUCUAACAAAUGUCUGCAGAGAUGCUUCCUUGAAUGGAAUGAGACGUAAAAUAGCUGGAAAAACUCGCGAUGAGAUUAAGAAUAUGGCCAAGGAUGAUAUUUCAAAGGACCCUGUUGCCAUGUGCGACUUUGAAGAAGCAUUGAAGAAGGUACAGCGAAGUGUUUCUGCUGCUGACAUCGAACGGCAUGAGAAGUGGUAUUCAGAAUUUGGGUCUGCAUAAAUUUCACGCUAUGAUGAAGAUAGUAAUGGAUUCACCACUUUCCAUUCUGCAGAGUGAUUUGUUUUUUUUUAAUUUUGUUUUCUGAUAAUCAUUGUGUUGUCUCGGUGUGACUAAUAGUAAUCCAACUGCAGCCUUCUAUACACUUGUAAUCCCUUGCUUCCCUUAACCACUGAUUCUGUGCAGCUUUAUCAUUUACGAAGAAGUUUUAAGUUUUCAUUGACAUUCAACAAUGAAUUGUAUUAUUUUAGAUCUGUUAAUGUUGCCAUCAAUUCACGCCAUGAAAUUAGUUUUGAA